AGCCAAUCGGAGCUGCUCUCCUUGUCGGGUGCGCAGACUCCUAUUCCAAUCAACGAGUGUGGCCGUUGCUCGGGCAACAGCGUCCUAGAGCCGGCGAGUGGGCUGGGCUUCUGUGGCCGAGCGGCCCGGGGUCCCCGCGCUCUGCUGUGGCCCCGCGAGUCGGAGAAUCGAGAAGGGGGCUCGGCCACCCACCUCUUCCCCGUGCGCAGAGAUGUCCACAGCGCCCACGCUGUGACUCUGACAAGCCGACGGGCACGCGGAGACAGAACCAGCUGCAGGAAGAUGUUUCGUGGUCGGGUGCCCACCCAGCGCGGGACGCCACUGGGAGGCCCCUGGCUGUUGACAAGACAAUCGCUUUAAGAAAGCUUCUCUCCAGAACCCACAGUUUCCGAAGUAGUUAAUUUCGAAGGAAAUGAGACGAAACAGCCCCCAGACGAAUGUUGCCACGGUCAACGGCACCAAGUCCUGCGGUACCAAGGCCAGGGAUUUAAUGUGCAAAAUGGCGGUUACACGGGACUGGCAUAUUUCGUAUCCUCCCACACACAAGUUCAUGAAUUUAAGACCUCACUCUUCACCGUGUAGAGUGUAUUCAAGGAAUGGUUUCCAACGUGUGUUUAGACCUUCUUCAACCACUGCUAUGGCAAAUCCGAUAUUGUCCUUCUUAGAUGUCAAACGGAUUUUAUUUCAAAAAAUUACCGAUAAAGGAGACGAGUUGAGAAAGGCCUUUCAGCUGCUCGAUACCAAUCACAACAUGACAGUGUCGAAGAGUGAGCUGAAAAGAAUUAUCACAACCUUCCUGAUGCCUCUCACAAGAGAACAGUUUCAAGAUGUCCUGGCUCAGAUCCCCCUUACCAGCUCUGGUGCCGUUCCUUACCUUGAAUUCCUGUCCAGGUUCGGUGGGAUGGACCUACAUAUAAAUGUUAUAAAGAGGGGAGGUGGGAAUGAAAUGAAUUGCAGUCGGACAGUAAAAGAACUUGAAAUCCAAGUAGGAGAAAAGAUUUUCAAAAACAUGAAAACUGUUAUCAAAGCCUUCAAGCUCAUUGAUGUUAACAAGACUGGUCUGGUCCAGCCCCACGAGCUGAGGAAAGUUCUGGAGACCUUCUGUUUGAAGAUGAAAGACGAUGAAUACAAAAAGUUUGCAAAACACUACAACAUUGAUAAAGACACCACAGUGGACUAUAAUGUUUUCUUGAAGAACCUCAGUGUAAAUAAUGACUUGAAUCUUAGAUAUAAAACGGGAAAUCCAGAGGUCUCCUGGGAGAGUCAAUCCAUCAAAAAUUCCAAAAGGGAGUGCCCUCACAGCUCUGUUUCAUCCGAAGAGGUCUGGAAAAACUGCUCCCUGGAAGAAGUUGAGAUGGCCUUUUGCCAGGAGCUUUCCAAGUCCUAUGGAAAGGUUGAAAAAGCCCUGAGUGCAGGGGACCCCUCCAAAAGUGGCUGUGUGUCUUUGAAUUACCUAAAGAUUGUCUUCGACACCUUUGUGUACCGAUUACCGAGGAGGAUUUUUAUCCAGUUAAUGAAGAGAUUUGGACUUAAAACCACCGCUAGAGUCAACUGGAAACAAUUUCUAACCUCAUUUUAUGAGUCCCAGUGGUUGGAAGUCAACAACACAGUUCGCCCGACCAAAAGAAACAGCAUCACUUCUAAAAAUCAAUCUUGCGAGGAAAACAUUAUCCCCAAGUUAUCUAGACACGAGGGUCACUCUGCGUCACUGAAGAAAGCACUACUGAACGCCAAGACGAAACCCGACGGACGAAUAACAGGGGAAGAAUUGCGACAUAUUCUAAAUUGCGAGGUUGUAAAAAUCAGCGAUUCAGAAUUCAAAGAACUAAUGCAGACCCUUGACCCUGGGGGCACUGGAUGGGUCAACGUCAACACGUUCAUCCAACUGCUUGAAGAGAACCCUGAGACAGGAAAACAAGUUGCAGACCCCAAAACGCCUCUGUUCCUGGCUUGGGAUUCAGUGGAAGAGAUCGUCCAUGACUCAAUUACUAGGAAUCUACAAGCCUUCUAUAAAAUGCUACAGGCAUAUGACCUCGGAGACACAGGGCUCAUUGGUCAAAAUAAUUUCAAGAAAAUCAUGCACAUAUUCUGCCCCUUUUUAACAGCUGAGCGUUUACUGAAACUCUGCAGUGCGUUUCAGGAUAUCGCUUCAGGAAGAAUCCUUUACAAGGAACUUUUGGCACGCGUCGGAAUUAGCGGUCCACCCACCAUCUCUCCGGCUCUUGUUCCGAGGGAUCAAGUGUUCGGCGAACAUUUUCAUAAACAGGAACAGCAGCAGCCAGACCUUCCUGAGAGAACCAAGCCCACUGGGGACAAAAGCACCCUGACCAAGAAAACGACUAAGGAGGAAGUGAUCGAAAAACACAAAAGAUGCAUACAGCAGCAGGACCCAGCAUUCCGAAAAAUAUCUCUUGACUUCAGCAAGGAGCCGGCUGGCAAAGUUAACGUGCAUGACUUCAAGAAGGUAGGGGAAUGGCCAUUGCGCGUGGAGCGCAUCCUGGGGCAGAACGGCGGAUUUGGGACAGAAAGAAAUCCAGUGCCCAAAUCGAAAGACGUGGACGCGCCAUUAACGGAAGUCUUCCGGUUUGUCAUUGUUUCAGACGCUCCGAGGAACGGGCCAGAAGGGGCUCCAUCGCAGACUCCGGUUCUUUCGAAGAGUAACUUGGACGGCUACUUUGUAACCGCUGAAGAGUGCGUGAAGCGCUUCCCCCAGAGACUGAAGGAAGUCUUCCGGGACCCCUACUCCGCCUUCUUUAAAAUAGACACUGACAGGGAUGGCAUCAUCCACAUGCGCGAUGUCCACAGACUGCUACGGCUCUUACUGUUCAAUCUGAAAGACGACGAGUUUGAGCGUUUCCUGGGCCUUCUUGGCCUGAGACUCAGCGUCACGCUAAAUUUUCGGGAAUUUCGAAAUCUGUGUGAGAAGACGUCUUUGAGAACAGAUGACCCGCCUCAAAGACUCGUUAGACCAAAACAGAAGGUCGCAGAUUCAGAACUAGCUUGUGAGCAGGCUCAUCAGUAUCUUGCUACCAAAGCAAAAACCAGAUGGUCAGACUUAUCUAAGAAUUUUAUAGAAACCGACAGUGAGGGCAACGGCAUUCUUCGGCGGCGGGAUAUAAAGAACGUGCUGUACGGUUUUGAUAUUCCUCUAACACCGAGGGAGUUUGAAAAGCUCUGGAUGAGCUAUGACACUGACGGAAGAGGACACAUAACUUACCAAGAAUUUUUACAGAAAUUGGGGAUUAACUACUCGGCAGACAUUCAUCGGCCCUAUGCCGAGGACUACUUCAACUUCAUGGGCCAUUUCACGAAGCCACAGCAGGUGCACGAGGAGGCCCGACAGCCGCAGCAGAGCCCAGACAGGGCCGCGCCGGCCAGGGACAAGCUUAAAGACCACUAUCAAGAUAUCAGCAAAGCACUCACCAAAGUCGAUCCAUCCCCAAAUGGCUACAUACCCGUAAGCAAGAUGCAGGAAGUGCUGCGGGGAUGUGGUUGUCACCUGAAGGAAGAGGACCUGGCCGAUCUUCUGAACAGUUGGGGAAUCCGCUGGCACGAUAACUCCUUCAAUUACCUUGACUCCUUGAAGGCGGUGGAGAGCAGCGAGCCAACAAGACCUCCGCCAAGAGAAAAAGAGGGCGCGCCCCUCACUUUUGCGACCCUAGACCCGGCGGAGAUUGUGAAAAGUAUCCAGGAAGUUGUCGGCUCCUCCGGCGCGGCUUUGUCAACGGCAUUUUCUGCAUUGGAUAAAGAGGACACUGGGUUUGUAAAGGCUUCAGAUUUUGGACAAGUUCUUAAGGAUUUCUGUCACAAACUCACAGAUAACCAGUAUCAUUAUUUUUUGAGAAAACUAAAAAUUCAUCUAAGCCCCCAUAUAAAUUGGAAAUAUUUUCUCCAGAACUUCGACUCUUUCUCCGAAGAGACUGCUGCCGAGUGGGCCGAGAAAAUGCCCCAAGGCCCACCACCCACGACUCCCAAGGAAACAGCACACCAGGAGCUCCUGGCUCGGAUCCACAAGGCAGUGGGCUCCUGUUACUGUGCGAUUGCUCAGGAGUUUGACAACUUCGACACCAUGAAAACGAACACCGCCUCCAGGGACGAAUUCAGGGCUCUUUGUGCUCGCCACGUGCAGGUUCUGACCGAUGAGCAGUUUGACAGACUGUGGAGCGAGAUGCCGGUCAAUGCCAAGGGGAGGCUCAAGUAUCUGGACUUCCUGAGCAUGUUCAGCUCCGAGAGAGGGGCCACACCGCCAGCCACUGACAGUUCCACCAAGGCCCAGAAAGGCUGCAGUGCUCCCGAAGUCUCAGAGAGAGGCAGAUCCGCAGCUUCAUCAACGCCUGCGCCCGACCUCAGAGCAGGGUUGAAAACGCAGAGCCACCCCUCUACCCCGGCCAGUGCAAGCACAGCAGACACCCUGCCCCUGCAGAACUGCGAGCCCAUAGACAGCAAGCUCCGGAGGAGAAUCCAGGGCUGCUGGCGGGAGUUCCUGAAGGAAUGCAAAGAGAAGGACGCGACCAAGCAGGGGGAGAUCACCACGGCUGAGUUCCUAGCUCUCGUGGAGAAGUUCAGUCUGGACAUAAGCAAAGAGGAAUCGCAUCGGCUCGCCGUGAAGUACGAUGUAAAGAACAGCGGGAAAUUUGCUUACUGUGACUUCAUUCAGAGCUGUGUCCUCCUGCUGAAAGCGAAGGAAACCUCGCUGAUGCAGAGAAUGAAGAUCCAGAACGCAAACAAGAUGAAAGAAGCUGGUGCAGAGACUUCUUCCUUUUACUCGGCUUUACUGCGGAUUCAGCCCCAAAUUGUGCACUGCUGGAGGCCGAUGCGACGCACCUUCAAAGCCUACGAUGAGGGCGGGACGGGGCUCUUGAGCGUGGCUGAUUUCCGGAAGGUCCUGAGACAGCACAGCAUCAACCUCUCGGAGGAGGAGUUCUUCCACAUCCUGGAGUAUUAUGACAAGACACUGUCUUCCAAAAUCUCCUACAACGACUUCCUGCGGGCCUUCCUCCAGUAGGCGGCCGACGGGUGCCUCCAGUGCAGACGGGUGGGGACCACGCGGUCUGUCCCUAAGACGAAUGAGAUCACAGAAUCGGGGGCGGGGGGGGGGGGGUGCUCCAGAAACACACGCAGCCCCGUGUCUUUCCCGGCGGUUAAGGCUUUGCGCUGCCCCACGGCCAUAGCUUCAGCCACAGCUCCGCCCCACGGAGCCACGGGACCCUUCACUCAGCUGGAGCAAAUAAAAUGUUAGUCUUUGCAGAAAUGAUUCGUAAGACUUCAA